AUGAGUGAUGGCUACGAUGGCUUGUCCAGCAGCGGGAAGGGGGACGGGAAGCCCCGGAAACACCACCGCAAGUCGACCCGCACACGCUCACGCCAGGAGAAGACCAACAAGCCCAAACUGAGCAUGCUCAAUGUAAGUCCGUCCGUCCAGACUACCCACCUUUCCGAACUGACCAGUGGUCAAAGUUUUAGCCAUUCUUAAGCUAUUCAGUAAGUCGAAAGGGAAAAAUUUAAAACAGAAAUGACCAUUUAUACUGUAUAUUCAUAUAUUGCUAUAUUCAAAGUAUAUGCAUAUUCGUACUUGCACAUUUAAAGUAAUUUCUCUUUCUCCCUCAGGUGAGCAACACGGGCAAUAAGAUGGUGGAGUCCCAGCUGGAGACCCACAACCACAAAAUGGUGACCUUCAAGUUUGACCUGGACGGAGAUGCUCCAGAAGAAAUCGCUAUUUACAUGGUGAGGUCAUGACCUUGGCAGACCUGUCUGCGUCCCAAAUGGGGGGUGGGGGGUUGUUGAGUUCUACUAAGGUAACAUUGUUUUAAGAUGGUCAUGACAUGAAUCAUUUAGCUAUUUGAAUUUGAAUUUUAGGAUCCCUUUAGGCCUUUAGGCCUUUACUCCUAUAGCCCAUAGAAACGCAUUGAAUAACAACAGAUUCAUGAAUGGCAAAAAAGACAGUGAAAAAAUGUAACAUAAGGAAUAAGGUUUUGAAGAGUCUGUCCUAUAUCUAGGAGAUGUGAGAAAGCUCAGGAUUAAUUGAAUUUGGCCUUUACUACUAUAGCCCAUAGAAACACAUUGAAUAACACAUUCAUAAAUGGCAAAAAAGACAGCCUAAAUAUAUAUCAUAAGGAAUAAGGUUUUGAAUUGUCUGUUCUAUAUCUAGGAGAUAUAAGAAAGUUAAUGAAAUAUGACAGCGACAUGAUUUUGGAGGUAUGACAACGCGUGACUACUACUGAGCUAACAUAUGGAAUUGUUUUAAGAUAGUCAUACCAUGGAUCAUUUUGCUAUUGAAUUUUAGGACCCCUGUAGGUAUAAAAAACUAUAGAAAAAUGAAUUUGAUUAAACACAUUGAAUAACAGAUUCAUACAAUGAAAAAACUGUCCAAACUCUAGAAAUCUCUUAACUGAUGGAUUUUGAAUUUUUUUAUGUUACUUAGAUUGACGCACGGGUGCUCUUAAGGAUUAAUGGACCAAUUAGAAUAGUCCCAAAACUGCAAAGCACGCCGUCUGCCACUCUAGGCAGGCUAGAGCAAACGCUCAAAGGCUUAUGGACCUUGGGUUCCUCCUCUGUCUGUCUGGGAUUUACUGAGAAAAGCUAUUUUGAGAGCUUCUGAAGAGAUCUUUUAAUAUUUCAAUGGGGCCACCAAGCUCAAUGCACUAUAGCAGAAGAUAUGGGAAAUGAAUGUAGCCUGUACUGUUGGGUCAUCCACUUCACUAUUUAUAGUGUUUCCCUAUGUCAUUUGACGUUUCCUCUGCUGAAAUGGUAUAAUUAUGUUACGAUUGUUCCUGAAGUGAUAUUUACGUGUGGUUACAUCCUGUGUGUGGUGUCCAUGUGUGUGGUGUCCGUGUGUGUGUGUGUGUGUGUGUGUGUGUGUGUGUGUAUAGGCAGAGAAUGGCUUCAUCCUGCCCAUAGAGAAGGAGAUGUUCAUUGAUCAGUUGAAGGACAUCGUGGACAAGGCUGAAGAUAUGCUGAGUGAGGAGAUGGAGGGAGAGACGUACUCCGCUCUGGGGGGCAGUCCCCAACUAGGACACACCUCUUGGGGGCCGGGGGGAGAGGUGAGGGGGACAUCCCAAACAAAAAAAACAAAAAAGAACAAAAAAAAAGGAGUGGUUGUCCCACUGGCUAUCCUAAGUUGAAUGCACCAAUUUGUAAGUCGCUAAAUGACUUAAAUGUUAAAUGUAACUCACUAACACAUAGACACUAAUCUACUCACAUUAACGUUUAUGAAGAAACCACGCACACACACGUACGCACACACACGUACUCACACACACGUACUCACACACCCGUACUCACACACACGUACACACACUCAAAUGUCUGUGUUCUGUCUGUCUCUCUAUCUCUCUAAAGAGUCAGCAGCCUGGAGCACCCCAGCCUGUUUAUCAGCAGAAUGGUAAUACUCCAUUCUCUCUCUCUUCCUUUGUCUCCCUCUCCUUUAUCCUCUAUCUAUUCUGGUUGUGAGUGGGAUGUCUGUGGAGGAAGGUUUUGAAAGGAGUUUGUACUGAGGACUGUUUGGGUGGGUUGAGUAACUUUGUGAUGUUUGGUGCAAUAGCGAUAGUGUGAGCGGGAGAGAGAGAAAGAGAAGAGGAGAGAGACUAGAGUAGAGAGAGAAGUAGAGCGAAAGAAGAUGGAGAGAGAGAGAGAGAGAGAGAAAGAGAGAGAGAGGAGAGAGACGAAGAGAGCAGAGAGAGAGAGCGAGAGCGAGCUAGAGAGAGAGAGAGGAAGAGAAAAGAGAGUCGAGAGGAGAGAGAGAGAGAGAGGGGAGAGAGAAGCGAGAGAGAGGGAGAGAGAGAGAGGCGAGAGGAGCGGAGCGAUGCAGCAGAUAUCGAUGCGAGGCGCUUAGAGAUAGCCAGAGAUGAAGCGAGAGUGAAGCCAGAUCUCAUCUCUCUAUAUUCUCAGCUUCCCCUUCGCUUCUCUCUCUACUCUUAUCACGCCUCUCUCUAUCUCUAUCCUCUCUCUUCUCUCUCUCAUUCUCUCUCUCUCUCUCUCUCUUUUCUCUCUCUCUCUCUCUCUCAGUGCUCCACACAGGGAAGAGAUGGUUUCAUCAUCUGCCCAGUGCAGGAGACUCCCACCUCCAGCCAGGAUGGGACCACAAACAUGUCUGCCGAUGGGACUACAACUACUCAACAUGAUGGGACUACAACUGCACAGCCUGAUGGGAGUGCGGUGUCAGGCAAGUCUGCUGAUGGUGGCACUGCUUCAGGCAGAGGUGACAUUGUUUCCAUGUAACCAUUUCAGUACUAUGUCAUCCUGGUGGAGUAACGGUACCAUGUUGCCCUCUAGUGCUGAAAGAAUGAUCGACAUCCUCCAAAUAUGCACUUUAGUUUGAAAUAUUAUCUGUUUAAGGUCUUUGGAUGUGGGCCUGUUGUACAAUUGUAGACAAACAGGAUAUUACUCUUAUAUUGUGUCUUCUUUUGGUUCCUCAUGCAGUAUCAGCGUCCUCCUCCAUAGCUAACUCUGUGUCUGGGGGAAGUGGAGGCUUCAACAAUGAGGGCUAUGGCCUCUGUAGCCCUCCCAUCCUGUCCUCCACAGACCCUCUCCUCCUGGCUAUGUCCCAUGUCCCAGCUCCCUCUGGCCCCCCAUCUGUUCACCCAGGCCAUCCUCCAGAAGCCCAGCCAGCCUUCGCUCCGCCAGCGGCCCCCUCUGGAGGUCUCCGUAGCUCUCUGCCUGGAGAGGAGCACCAGGUGGGAGGGCGUCUUGGUGCCGUCCAGCAGAUGGCAGAGAUGGCAUGCGCUGCCUCCAUGGUGGAGGAGGUGCCCUGCUGCCCGCUGGCCAUGCCAAUGUCCCUGGACGUGAGUGGUGGAGCCCAGGGGAGCUCAGCUCCUCUAACCCCUCUGCCCCCCCAGGACUCCUCUCCCUCCUCAGCCAGAGAGUCCCUCUCCUACCCCUCCGUUGCCCACAGCGACCGCUCCCAGCCAUCUGUGGUUGUCCAGCAGCCCUUCUCCUCCAUGGGCGGAGCAAAGGCCCCCUCGCUGCCCCAGAGCCCUGCCACCCACCAGCACACGGCAGGGGGGCCCAGUGAGUCGGACGGGGAGGGGCGAGGGGUGGGGGUUCGAGGGGGCUUUGUGGACAGCACCAUCAAGACUCUAGACGAGAAGCUGAGGAACCUGCUGUACCAGGAGUACGCCCCCAUGUACCCAUCAGGCAGUGCUGCGGAGACGCCUGGCUCGGGGACGGAGUACGUCCAAUCCCCUCCUGGGCCAGACAGCGCAACCUUGGGUUCAGGAAGCAGCACCCCCGGACCUAUGGGGGAGGGGCGCUACCGGACAGGGGAACAGCUGGUAAACACAGAACCUUUAUUCCGUAUAAAUCAUAGGAUGAGUUCCAAAUGGCACCCUAUUAUUCCCUAAAUAGUGCAGUACAUUUGGGAUGCAACUAUACUUUCUGUUCAGAGAUGUAUUUUGUCCUUAAAAGUAACUUUACCCACACCCCAGACUACACGUACAGUACAUGCAAUCUAUAUAUACCAUUCAUCCUUAAAUGUUGACCAUUCUUCCUUUAAAAUGACUGCGCUUUAUUCUCUCCCUGUCAACCCCCACACCAUACACUCUCUUUCUGUUUCACUUCUCUCUUUUCCCCUCCCUCCCUCCCUCCCCACUCUUUCUUUCAGCCUCAGAUUCCAGAGAGGAUGGACAGUUUGAGCACGUUGAGUGAUUCUGCGGUGUGUGGUACGUACAUUCUACAGUGUGGUAUGAAGGAUACAACUUUAAUGGUGAUCCCUCAAACAGCUGUCUAUGACAAUGAUCAAUUACAAGAUCCACAGAGGUUUCAAUGAUUUUCCUUUAACUUAUUGAACAGCUGUUAUUGUAGUCAUUUAGAUAGAGAACCUGGACAUUCAGUCUCUCUCUCGCUGUCUGCAGCCCCCGUGUCUAGGAGACAAAACAUACCCCACUCUACCUCCUGCUCUGGCUCUGGAUCCAGAGGCCGGUUUAAGGUACUUUACUGUGUUACAUUGUUGUUCCCCAUUGCUACCUCUAGUGGUGCAACACCUCUUAUUGACUCCUUCUACCUACAAUGCCUGACUAACCUCUUAUAAAUUAAGUUUUGUAAACGGCAAAUGUGAUAUUGUGGACUGAUAUUAUAAUUACCUGUUUGUUUCAUUUCUGCAAAGUAGGUAUAAACGUGUCAGAGCUCUUUAUACAAUAACUUUAUCAUUGCUGUUGUCAACCAUGUCUAUAGAUGAUCACAGGCCUUCCUGACAUGGUGACGCAAGGAGAGCGGAAACAGAGGAGGUGGAGCAGCGCUGCCUCCCCGGCGCACCCUGCUGGCCAUCUCUCAGACCACCGUAGUGGUGCCGGGGCCAUGGCCAUGGCCCCCUCCACCAUUAUCGGACGUUUCUCGGUGGUCAGCACCGAGGACGACGUCACCCUGAGUACCUGCGGCAGUCGCUACUCUGCCCCGCCAGACUUCUACCUGGAUACACCCCCCGCCAUGGCCAAACGGGGGUCGUUGCCACGCGCCUCCACGUCCACCUCCGUGUCUGUUGAUGUUACGGUCCACGCUCACGCGCGCUUCCUGUCCUCAGACUCGGGGGCGGAGAGUAGUCCGGCCAAGCUGGCCCCGGACACGCCAUCACGCCACGGCCGCUCAGGGGAGCGUAGAGGAAGUGACCUCAUGAAGAGGGCGGUGGCUUUCCUGCGUCGUUCAGGCCGUAGUAGUAGUGUGCAGAGCUCUGAUUCGCUGAGCCGGCAGGGGGGCGUGCAUGGCUCGGCCUAUGUCAGCAGUGAUAAUGACUCUGAGAUGGAGGACUCGGAUAUGAAGAGAGAGCUGACCAGACUCAGGGAGAAGUAAGUAAGCUGUGUGUUUGUGUGUGUGGGUGUGUCUGAGUCUAGAAGACCAUCAUCAGAGUAAGGCAACUUACCCUUUAUCUAAAACCUUUCUCUCCCCUCCCUCAAUCUCCUCCACCCAGACAUUUAAAGGAGCUCUCGGAGCUGCAAGCCCACCACAGAGGGGAGAUAGAGCUGUUGUACCGCAGGCUGGGUAAAGCCACUCCACCCCCCCUGGGUCUCUCUCACACAGCUCCCCCCAAGCGAAGGAGCAAGCACAAGCACAAAAUGAAGGCUGGAAAACUCCUCAGUCCUCUGGUACAACAGCUGAGGCAUGUCACCACCAAAACCAGCGACCCCAGAAAAACCAGUGAGUACAAAUCACCAAAACCAGUCACUUCUGAAAGAUGAUCUGAAAGAUACUUCUGAAAGGGACUGAAACAGGCUUGUCUGCAUGAUUUAAAGCAGGCAGGUCCUCAGGUGUCAGGCAAGGUAACUGUCAUAAUUUGAAUAGAGUAGCAGGGCUAAGUUGUAAUAAUGUGUAUGGCUGCGUCCCAAAUGGCGCACUAUUCCCUGUUUAGUGCAUUACCUAUAUGGGCCCUGGUCAAAAGUAGUGCACUUAAUAGGGAAUAGGGUGCCAUUUGUAAUGCACAUUAAGUCUAUCUGUGUAGGUUUCUGUGUGUAAUAUUUAUGUUGGUCUGUCUGUGCAGGUGAGCCUACAGUCAGUCUGAACGGGUCUCCAGCCAAAGCUCCUGUACAGUCAGACAGCAGAGCCCGUUCAGGUACCAGUCCCUUGGAUACCGUCACCUCUACCUCUGAACCUGUCCAGACCAAGCAGCCCUGCUCCCUCAAGGGUUCCCUCUCUUCAGACAACAUAUACGCUGGAGCUGGACUACAAGGAGAGAGGACAGGACCACAAGCUUCACCAGGCCAAGGUGACCUACAAAUUACACGUCCCAGUCAUGCAAAAUGAGAACAUUAUCACUAGGGUUACAAAAUUCUGGUAACUUUCCCAAAUUUCCAAGGUUUUCCAAAACUCCUGGCAGGAGGAGUCCAGAUUUCCUGCUUAUUCCCUCCUGAUUUCGUGAAUAUUCCAACUGGGAUUUCUGGAAAACCUGGGAAUUUUGGGAAAAUGUGCGGAAUUUUGCAACCCUAACUAUCUAUUUUAUUACAGUAAUGUCACUGAAGUGGCAAACUACAGAUACAGAUACAGAUUCUGGGUCAUUCUCAUGUUUAGAGUAACGGCUGCAAUAUGGGAUGCCUUAGCAAAUAUGUUUCAUAUGAUGGAACACGUAAAGUCGUAUCACAGGUACAGAGGAGGAUCAAAACGGAAGUAGGAUGGUGCAACAUUUCAGUCACAUCAACCUUAAUCAGGCAUCUGCAGCCUUUAACCUUUAUUGUUCUGACACCGGUUGUUGUUCAAACUCAUUUCUAAUGUGGGUUCUGGUCAGAGCUGUGUGCUCUUCUUACCCUGGUGUCCUCUGCUUCCUCUCCUCCUUUACUCCUCUUCUCCUUUCCUCCUCUUGUCCUCCUCUGCACAGGCUGGCCAUCUUACCCUCCACCGCCAGAGAGAGUGACCUAUAAAUCCAGUAGCAAACCACGCGCUAGAUUCCUCAGUGGGCCUGUGUCUCUGUCUAUCUGUUUGUAUCUCCUCCUCUCCUCUCCUCCUCCUCUCCUCCUCGUCCUCCUGCACUGCUCUCCUUUCUCUAAUCCUCUUUCCUCCUCUUCUUCUCUCUUCCUUGGCUCUCCUCCUCUUUACUGUCCCACUCCUAUCCCUCAUCUCUUCAUCUCCUCAUCCUCUAGCUUUUCUCUUUCUUCUCCCCCUCUUUUGUCUUCCUCCCCCAUCUAUCCUCUCCUCUGUGUGUCUCUGUCUCUCUGUGCUACAGUGAAAUGUUUCGCUCUGUCUGUUGUGCUUGGCUGAUGAGUAGUGCAUGUGAAGUAUAGUGAUGCACUGCAGCAGCACUGUGUGCUCAGCUCACUCUUACUCUCUGCUCCUGCCUGUCUGCUCGGCACAGAUCCUCUCAAUGUGUCUCUGCGUAGUGGACCCCGUCUGCAUGGCUACACACAGCCACUGUUAUGUUGCGCCCUGUUGGUUAGGAUCUCUCUCUCUCUCUCUCUCUCUCUCUCUCUCUCUCUCUCUCUCUCUCUCUCUCUCUCUCUCUCUCUCUCUCUCUCUCUCUCUCUCUCUCUCGCUCUGUCUCUCUCUCUCGCUCUGUCUGUCUCUCUCUCUCUCUCUCUCUCUCUCUCUCUCUCUCUCUCUCUCUCUCUCUCUCUCUCUCUCUCUCUCUCUCUCUCUCAAUCUCGCUCUCUCUCGCUCUCUCUCGUUUUCUCUCUCAGAGCUCUUACAGUUCUGUGGCUCACUUCUAGAGUGACUGCAUGAUUGGCCUUGUCCUUUCGUAUUCAGAUAGUUGACUGAACCGUGCUUUCCCACAGUGUUAUGUACUGUAUGUGAUGUUGCAUAUGGCCAUUGAGAAGCUCUGUGCAGCAGUGUGUCUGUAUGUUUGUAGACGUAUGUCUGUGUGUUUAUGUCUUCAUGCUGCAUGGAGUCCUAACUCUGUUUGUCCCAUAGGGUCAACUCUGAAACGACUCUGCCUUGGUAAAGAGCGUGGAAGGGGUAAGUAUAACUUGCAGCAAAGACAUUAGCCAUUUGGAAAACCCCAUAUACACUGUUUUCCUUCACCAAAGCUCCUCUCAUAAGCACAUUUUAUUAGAUAGAAUGCAUUUUAUAAACAGGAUUGGCUAUCUAGUAUUUGUUUUAGCUACAUUUAGUUAGAAUAACAUGCUUUAGCAACAGAGCUAGUUGGAACUUGAGGCAGGGUCUGAACAAUAUGUCCAUCUCCCAGGGACUGUAGCAGACCCAGGCCCAGGCCCAGGUGCAUCUACCCAGCUGCCCCAACAACAGACAGCCAGCUCCACCCCUCCUCCCCGCCAGCCAAUAGCAGGGUUGGCCCAAGCCCAGGCCAACAACAGCAACAACAAGACAGACACCUACACCGGCACCUACAUGGGCUCCUACGCAGGGUCCUUCACAGACGCCCUUCACAGGAUAGUGGAUGAUUGGACCAUGGAGGCCCUGUGUGUCUCCCGGCGCCCGCGGACCAGCUCCCUCAGCCUCAGUGGGCAACCACUUUGGAACGAGGACCCCGGGGGGCCCAGAAUAAGAGACAGACUGUUCAGCGCUCCAGAUGUGAGUAGUUGUUGUAUGUGUGUUUAUGUACUACCCAUUAUUUAUUAGUAGGGGUGUAGCUAAAUGUAAUGUGUGUUUGUGGGGAGAGCGUGUGUAUAGUUCAGGCCUGGAUUCAAAUGGUGUUUGUUUUCUUUAAAAUGAUCAAAUCAUUUAACUCCACUUGAUGGAGCAUGUUUGGCACAAUAGAACCGAUGGAAUAGUCCUACAAGUGCAAGCCCUGCCAGCUGGCAAUCCAGGCAACUUAAUCAAAUGUUUAAUGUAUUUAAAAGAAAACAAAUACUAUUUCAAGUCAGGUCUGGUAUAGUCAAGGUGAAAGCCUGUGGUGACUGAAAGCUCACCUCCAUAUCUUUCGCUUCAGGCACCUGCCAGGACAGCCCUUGGCUCUGAAGGCCCCCAGCUCCCCCUGUCAUGGCCGAUGAUUGACAACCAGGCCCUGGGCUCAGUGAUGAGGACCAGCUCCCCGGGACAGGCAGGGUUCCAUCCUGGCUACAUGCUGGCCCAUUCAGGCACAGACCUGUUUGGGGGGCUGCUGCCCUCACCCCUCUCGCCCCUCUGUGUAAGCCAUUGGCCUGAGCUGCUGUGCCCCUUGGGUUCAGGGGUGGUUGCUUUACCUGCUGUGCCCCCAACCUGGGGCACCACCACCCCUGGUCCACCCUACGAGCCACCCGACCCCAAACCCAGGACCCUCUAA